AUGGAGCUGCCUAUGUUGACUUUCUUCGUGAACGCUAAGACGCUAAAUAGUGUGGGUAACGAUGCUACAUAUAAGAUCAGAAGUAUCGAAGGUCUAGCUCCUGUGGCAACACAAGACAUGGUGAUCAAUGGGCGGCGUCAAUUUGAAAGUAACCACAACGUGACGAUUGUCUUGUACGGACAGGUGCCAAUCUGUCGUAGUCACGGCCGACGGUGUAUCUAG